GAAUGCCAGCGGUGGCACCACCAUGCCGCACCACAACAUCGUCUGCGAGUGGCUGCGCACCAUUGGGCUUGGCCACUACGGGGAGAGCUUCCUGGACAAUGGUUACGAUGAGCUGGAGAUCUGCAAGCAGAUUGGCGAGAUCGAUCUGGACGCCAUCGGGGUGGACAACCCCAGCCACCGGGGCAAGCUGCUCAAGAGUGUGCGCAUGCUGCGCGAGAAGGGCGCCGCCAUCGUGUAUGUGCUCAUCAACGAUCCCAAGGCGCUGAGCAGCAGCAACGAGAUCCUGGCCUCCGACUGUGAUACGCCGGUGACCAUGAAGGAGCUGGAGGCGGUGAUGAAGCGUCACCUAGAGGCCGAUGGAAUACGGCUUACAGCGCAUCCUUACUCCACGCCGGAGGGCAAAAGAGGCUACCUGGAGGGCCUGGCCGCCCAUUACAGCAAGCAGAUCAACAUGCCCUACGAGGACGUGCUGGACGCCAUUGAGCAGGUACGCCUGUCCAAGUGGAAGGAGCGCCACGUGCGCAUCUCCACGGGCCACACGCUCACCCGCCGGCUGGCCGGACCGAGCUCCAGCGGAUUGGUCGGCUCCUCGGUGAUGCCGACCAGCCACAGUCAGCCAUUGUAUGUGCCCGGCAAGUACUUGCCCUCCAGCUGCCUGUCGAACCGCGAGGAGAACGAGAUCUACAGCUACACGCAAAACGAUUUGGCCAAUAGGAUGGCCCGCAAUGCCAUCGACUCGAAGUCGGCUCUGAAUCUGAACGGGAUGCAGCACAGCUAUCCGGGAGCGCGCACCAAUUUCUUUUACGACUUCUCGGCAACAGAGGGCCGGAAUAAGCAUAAGCAGCGAAGAACGGUCUUUGCCAGGUUCCUGCACGGUCUCCGGCAGAGCGGCGAUGAGCUGAACGCCACGGAGGGAAUGCAACUGAAGACCAACGAGCGCCUGAGGAACUGCAGCACGAUGAAGCGACCGGAGCCCCACCAGGAUUUCGAGAAGACCAUACAGAGACUCAAGACACAGAAGGCGGCCCAGAAGAAGCCGGCCAGCGCUCCCCUGGAGAUGGCCCUGCACGAGCGUAACAAGGGGGAGGUGGCUCACACGCAUGUGAACGAGAUUCCAUUGAACAACUACACGAAGCAUCCCUAGGACACGGCCCUGGGCAGCGCAGCUGCUUAGAGCCAGGAUCGCCAUACAGUCACACUCAAACUUACAUAAUUCAAUCGUUGAAUCAAUCAUUCUUCUCAAUCAGGUGAUACGCAAUGUUAAGAGGGAGACGGGAUCAUAAUCAUAAUAGGAUGAGGCUAAAUAGGAAAGGAAAUACAGCAGGACAACGAAACAUUUUUCAAGCACUCACAAACUUAACGAUAGGACGAGAACUAGGCAUAGGAAUAAUAUCUGCAGGCGUUGAGUUUAACUUACCCUUAGGACUAAUUGAUAUACCCUACCUGAUCAGCACCUGAACCCACUGUAUAGACACCUGACCAUUAAUGAACAGUAAGCCUAGUCUAAGCAGCACUACCGCCCUCACCUAAGCCACUGCCAUAGGCGACACAGAGAGAAACAUCUACAGUCUUGGUUUAUUUUUGCAAAGGAAAAUAUGCACAGAACAUGAUCCCUAAUAAUAUUGAAGUAUAAGAAAGAUUAUUUCAUACAGUCUUAUUUAAUUAUUUGCCAUAAUUUUAUUAAGACUAUUACUGUAUCUCUCUUUUUUCUCUUUCAUUAUUUAUAAUUAUUUCCAGCUAAGUAUUAUGUUCUUUUUAACAAAUUACCUUUAAAACUACAUCAAGUCUAGAUCAUAAUCCAAUUUUGAACAAGUUUCUCUCUGUGUAUACACACCUCCAACCCCAUCCAACCAGAUUCAAUCUCGAAAUGCUCUUGCCCGAAGUCCAUCGGCAAUUAUUUGGACACCCCGAGAAAGCCGCCGCAGAGGCAACAGCAGCAACAGUCUGCGAAUGCAUCGACAACUGGCCGGGGGGAGAAUGUUGACAAAACGCAAAAAUCCAACAAGCUUAACGCUAAAUCAACACGCACA